AUGGUGGCUGUGGCAAAAGCUAUUAUUUUAAGGAAAAUAAUACGAAUACGAAGAGAAAGACGACAAAGGCGUCUUCAUAUAUUGUUGGCUUUGAUUAAUAGAAGAAGAAAGAUUUGUCAGUUGUGCUUGUUACUGCUAAAUCUUAUUUCUGAGGAGAAUGAAAUACCUAGAAUUCGUUCUUGUCGUCGGCUUGGAAGAACAUUAUCAUGGAGACACUGGUGGGAAUCUAUAUGGUUCACCUAUUCAGAAAAGCGCUUUAGGACUACAUUUCGUGUAUCACGAGAUAUUUUCACGAUGAUUCUUGGCAAAAUUGAAUGUGAUUUAGAAAAGAAAACAAUGUCAGAGCAACCAGUCUCACCAGCAUGUCGAUUGGCUAUAUGUCUUUAUAGAUUAGCACGUGGCGACUAUUAUUACACUCUUUCUGAAAUGUCUGGCCUUGGAAUAGCAACAUUACAGCAGAUUGUCAAAGAAGUGUGCAAAAGCAUUGUAAUUCAUUUAUGGAAGGAUGCUGUUAGUGCGCAUUUUCCCUCGUCAGAAGGACAUAUGAGGGAAAAAAUAAUUGAUAUGGAAAAAACUCUGGCUAUUUCCAUGUUGUUGGUCUGCAGUUGA